AAUUUAAUCAAUUCUUCAUUACACCAACAGAGCUAGCCAUGAAAAUGCUUGACACUUCUCAGGUCAUUUUGACAGACCACACACAUGCACGAAAAAGACGGAUCAUAUAUUCUACUUUAUCGAUCUUGUUGCCGUUCUUUUCAUGCUCAUGUUACAUCUGUCAAAAUGACCUGAGAGUUGUCAGUCAGUUUGAGGUUAGGUUCGUUGGUCUAAUAAAGGAUACAUGUAACAUGUAUGAACAGAUGCACGAGGUUACUGAUUGGACGAUUGAGUGGUGCCGUGUUUACAGAAAAUGAACUCGUUCGCAUGAUCACCUAGAUAACAUCCCUAGUAAUAUUUUUUAGUCAAAACCACUAGAAGAGGUUCUUAAAACCAUCAUGAAACCAAAAUAAAAGGUAUAAGAUUUUAUUACGGUUAUGAAAACCUCUACAAGACUUAUUGGCUAUCGAAAUGUUACUUGGAUGGCACCGCUCAGAAUCCAAAUGAGUGAACACGUGCGUUGGUUCAAAAACGUGUUUGUUGUUUGAAUUUUAUAUCAUGUUGUGUUUAUGUUGUCAGGGUGCCCAUAGAAUAGAGUGCAUGAUUCUUAGAAAUGCCUAAAACGCCACUAUUUGAUACGAGGGUUAUGAAAAAUAUGUUACGUUCUGCUCAGCGCCCAAAGGCCAGUGCCUCUCACGGUGAUAGAUUUAUGGGGUUUUUGUUCCGAGAAAAACAAACACUGUGUGUUAUUGAUUGAACCCUUGGGCCUGCUCCAUAAUCAUUCCGGACCGCACAUUGCCGAACCCCCCUCCACCGGUGUAGAAUACUGACCUGACCGCAAAUUGUAUCGGUUUGCCUCAUUUUAUCGUGCGUGUCCCUCUGCCACUACCUACCGCAGCAUCAGCUGAGCUGAGACAGCAUGGCGCGUGGCAAUAGCCAGGAGAUGGGCCAGAGCGCAUAAAAUCAAACACGUGGAAAACAACAAUACAUACAUAAAAGGAUCAUGGGGGCCCCCGCUACCGUUGUUUAUGCGUUUCGCAUUAGCUUCAUUCUUCCGUCCGUCGUUUGUCGAUUCCCGCGCGGAACGGACGGAAAUCAACCCGCACCGUCCAUGCAAGCAUCGAUCUGCCUCAACUCUCUGACUCAGCGCUAGAGGGUAUGGGCUUCAGAAAGGAUCAACGAAGGAUGAUGAAGCGGAAUGUAAUGAUGCAGCACCAGAAUUAACUAGACUUGCUACGGUUUGUUCCUGGUAGAUGUAGGGUCUGGGAACACUUCAUGUAAGUGAAAGCCAAAGGGAGGAAUUGAGCAACACGCAGUGUGGAUGGAGAUGGACAGGGAAGAGGGGAGAGGGGAGGAGAGAGAAAAGGGGGACUUUGGUUUGUGAGAUAGCAGUGGAAAGACGUGAAUAAACCGGGCUGUUAAUUAGACGUAAUUUCGACAGUUAGAAAAGUGGAUUAUCCGAAAUACCAACUCACUACAACUUGGCGACGUAGGAGAAUACGAGGUAGGUGUUUUUCUUUGGAAAUUCAUCAAAAAACGAAUGUAAAGUGGCCGAAACGCAUCCUGCAGAAUGGUGGUUCACAUCAGAGAAAAUAUGGCGUCGCGAAAAUGUUGGACCGCGUUCGCUGUGUGGUCGAGAGAUGUAUGAGCCCACCAUAAUGAGAAAGUGUGUGUGUGUUUAUUUUCAUGCAUGUAUACAUAUAUGAACGUGUCACUUUGCAGGUGCCAACCGAGUGUUGAAUUCAUGACGUCAUUUUGAUAAACAAAAAAACAAAAAAAGUUACGAAAUCCAAAUCGCUGGCUAGGGGUGAUCAAGUUAUCGUUUUUUUUUUCGAAAUGUAAAUAAAAAAAAUGAGUUUGGAAUCUGAAAAAAAUAAGGAACGAAGGGAGAAUGUUCGCGAAUGGGUAAUGUGGUAAAGUUGAAUAAACGUCAAGUGGGUUGACUGGCUUUUGUGUGGGGCAAAGGAUCGUAUUAUUCAAGCGAUAAUCGGAUUUAUAGAAAAAACGUCGUAAGGGUUGACUAUUACUCGUGAGGGACAAGUGAGGGACGUAUAUGACGUAUACGACGAUCAGCUGAAAUCAAUUUAGUGAUUUAGUGUAAUAAACGUCAUGAGGGUUGAUCAGCGCUUGUGAGGGACGAGAAACUUAACUGUAUGGGUCAAACGACGAUCAACUAAUUAAUAUUAAAUGGUGGUGUGGGGCCAAUUCAUGAAAACGUAUUAUAGAAGUCAUAAGGGUUGACUACUUGGGAAUGACGAGAAUAAUAUCGUAUGGGUCGAUAAUAAUUAGUAUUAUAGAAGUCAUGAGGGUUGACUGCUUGUGAGGGACAAGAAAUAAUAUCGUAUGGGUCGAUAAUAAUCAGUAUUAUAGAAGUCAUGAGGGUUGACUAGGUACUUGUGAGGGACAAGAAAUGAUAUCGUAUGGGUCGAUAGUAAAAAGUUAUUUUGUUGGUGCGGGACCAACUUUUGCAUUCAUGCUUAAAAAAAAAUAUGAUCAUGAGGGUUGAUCAAUAUUUGUGAGGGUCAAAUUCGGUAGUCAAACAAGGUCGAUAAGAUUCAAAUUUCAGACGUGACUUACGCUAUAAUAAGUAGGGGUCAAAUAGUCAACACAACUAUUAUGCUAUCUUUACCUGUAGCGAUGAAUAUUUAAACUAUAAAAAAAAAACAGUUUUAUCGAAAUGAUUCUUGAGUGGUCGGUUUUGUCAUCUUGUUGAUUACAGAUGGACGACACGAGACCAAUGCCGCAAUUCAGAUGUGAAGACAUUGCUAAGGCAAGGCUACAUCAUGAGUGGAAAGAUUGGAAGAGUGGAUUAGAGAGGUAUUUCGACGCCAAUGACAUUACGGAUCAGUACAAAAAACGGGCAAAGCUACUAUAUUUGGGAGGACCUCAACUGGACAAGGUGUUCACCAACCUUCCCGAUGGAAACAAGUUUCCAUUGGUUGCUACGGAAAAGAGGUUUUAUGAUGUUGCCAUCGCAGCGUUGGAUAACUAUUUUCAACCCGUGAAACAGGAUAUCCUGGAACGCCGCCGUUUGCGCCAGAUGAAGCAAUUACCUGGGGAAAAGUUUUCGCAUUACAUGGUUCGGCUAAGACAACAAGCUGCACUAUGCGGUUUUGACAAGUACCCUAAGUCAACGCAGCGGGUCUUGACUGAAAUGAUGAUAACCGAUGUUAUUGUAGAGGGUUGCUUGUCGGUUGAGCUUCGACGAAGGAUGCUGCUGAAAGACCGUACAUUGGACGAAAUCGAAGAAAUUGCGACUGGGUUGGAAGGCGUUGAUUCUCAGAUCCAGGAUCUGGCGGGAAAGUCAAACGACCUCCAAGAUGGUGCUAAGAUGUAUAGGGUUAGGGAUCGCUCCUCGCAAGGUUUCAGACGUCCACCACUUCAUACAUCCAGAACAGAUAUGGGUCGUUAUCGCGGGCGUCAGUUACCACGUUCAAACAUUGUUUGUUUUAACUGCGGCCGAUCCGGACACAUUGCUACAUCCGAUUCUUGCCCGGCGAAAGGUAAACAGUGUCGUAAUUGCAAACGGAUGGGUCAUUUCGACUACACGUGUAAAUCGCCUCGAGGUUCCGUGAAUCAAACUCAACCGUCGCCACCGAGUAAAAAGAUUCGAGUGGUUGAGCAACAAGAGGCGUGCGGUCCUGACGAAGGAAAGGUCUACUACGCAUUUUUCAACGGCAACCAGAGCAAUAUGUUAACGUUUGAGGUAGGAGGUGUUCCUUUGGCGAUGCUAGUAGACUCCGGGGCAGAUGCUAACUUGGUAACAUUCGAGGCAUGGGAGAAGUUGAAACAAGCAGGAGUCCGAGUCGCCAGCUCUACUAGAGAGUCUGACCGGUCAUUCUUUUCAUACGGUAGCACUAGUCCGCUCGUAGUUCGUGGAAAAUUUACUGCAGAAAUCAAAUCCAAGAAUCAUGUCGCAACUGCUGAGUUUUACGUAGUCGAGAAAGGGCAAACUUGCUUGCUAGGGGAUGUUACGGCGAAGCAACUCCAAGUUUUGAAGGUUGGCGUUAAUCUGAAUCACGUUGAGGCGCAGGAACCGUUUGCCUGCAUCAAAAAUGUCGAAGUGCACAUCCAUAUGGAACCGGAGGCGAAGCCUGUAAUUCAACCAGUAAGAAGGUUGCCUAUUCCACUCGAAGCCGAGGUCAACCGGAAGCUGGACGACAUGUUAGCCAGGGAUAUCAUCGAGCCGAAAACGGGUCCAACUUCGUGGGUGUCUCCGUUAGUUGUCGUGGCGAAGGCAAAUGGAGGUCUGCGAUUAUGUGUGGAUCUACGAAGAGUUAACCAAGCCGUGUUGCGGGAACACCAUCCUAUGCCGGUCAUAGAACAAAUACUGGCUCGCAUUGGAAACGGUACCGUAUGGAGUAAGUUAGAUAUAAAAGAUUCUUUUCUUCAAGUCAUGGUUGCUGCGGAGUCUCGAGACAUACUCACGUUUAUAACAGAGAAGGGGCUAUACAGGUUCAAAAGAUUGCCUUUUGGGUUAAUCACGGCACCAGAGAUUUUUCAACGGGUCGUUGAUGAGAUUCUCUGUGGUUGCGAGGGAACACAUUGGUACCUUGAUGAUAUUUUUGUGGAAGGCGCAACUAUAGAAGAACAUGAUGCUAGGCUUGAGAAGGUUAUGGCAAGACUUACGGAGAGAGGAGUUCAACUAAAUCUCGACAAAUGUCAAUUCAGAGUAGCAGAGCUGGAAUUUCUUGGCCAUAAAGUUACGGAGAAUGGAAUAGCACCGUCCGAUUCAAAAGUGGCAGCAAUCAUGGCUUUUCGACGUCCCACAACGGAAGGUGAAGUUCGUAGCUUCUUGGGGUUGGCGAAUUACCUCAACAAGUACAUACCACACCUAGCUACUCUUGACGAACCUUUGAGGGAGCUGACCAGAAAAGGAGUGAUAUUCUCCUGGAAAUCUUGUCAUGAAACAUCUUUCCAGUCGAUAAAACAGGCAAUGUCAGAUGUUAGUAUUCUGGGAUUCUACAACACUCAUGACAGGACGGCAGUGAUUUCCGAUGCAAGUCCCACAGGACUAGGGGCGAUGCUGGUGCAAACAGAUGACCUAGGACGGGACAGAGUAAUUAGUUUUGCGUCGAAGUCACUUACUGUCACAGAGAAGAGGUAUUGUCAGACGGAGAAGGAAGCUUUGGGGUUAGUCUGGGCUGUGGAAAAGUUUCAAUUCUAUCUGUUAGGGCGGAAAUUCGAUUUGGUGACGGAUUGUAAAGCAUUGCUGUACCUUUUCACACCUCUAUCCCGCCCGUGUUCGAGGAUCGAACGAUGGGUGCUACGACUGCAGUGCUUCAACUAUUCGAUCGUACACAUUCGAGGAGAUCAAAAUGUUGCCGAUGCCCUUUCCAGACUCUCUCAUACUGUGGCAGAACCUUUUGACUCGGCUGAAGAGUUAAUGGUCCGACAUAUCGCAGCUGUUGACGCCAAAUCUGUUGCUGUCUCUUGGGAAGAUUUGGUCCGUGAGUCUCGAGACGAUGCAGAAAUCAUGAAUAUUUUCGAAUGCCUGAAACAGAGCACUACAGAAUCAUUACCAGUAGCUUAUCGUGUCAUUUCUUCAGAACUCUGCGAUGUAGGAGGAGUACUUCUACGUGGUGAUCGCGUAGUAAUCCCCACAGCUUUACGCCAACAAGUCUUGAGCAUAGCACACGAUGGUCAUCCGGGGGUGCGAAUGAUGAAAUCAUUUCUCCGAACUGCUGUCUGGUGGCCCAAGUUGGAUGCUGAUACAGAACGUUUCGUAAAAAACUGCCGUGGAUGUGUUUUAGUAUCCGCUCCGGACGUUCCAGAACCGAUGAUCCGAAGUUCGCUCCCGUCGGGGCCCUGGGAAGACAUAGCCAUAGAUUUCCUUGGACCUCUUCCAAAUGGGCAACACUUGCUGGUGAUUGUGGAUUGCUACAGUAGAUUUCUCGAGAUAUGCGAAAUGACCUGUAUUGAUUCGACGGAGACAAUUGGACGUUUGAGAGGGGUAUUCGGCCGGUUCGGUAUUCCAUCGUUGAUCAAAGCGGACAACGGACCGCAAUUCUCCAGUGAAGAGUUUAGAUCAUUUUGCAGGGACAGUGGUAUACAACUAGUCAACACGAUCCCGUAUUGGCCACAAAUGAACGGCCAAGUGGAGCGGCAAAAUCGUUCCAUUUUGAAGCGGCUGCGUAUUGCCCAAGAAUUGGGCAAGGAUUGGCGAAAGGAGUUACACGACUAUCUUCUCGUAUACCAUGCAACUAACCAUGCAACUACAGGCGAAGCCCCAUCAAAACUCAUGUUCGGUCGCCGCAUAAAGAGCAAACUACCCCGUGUUCCGGUUUGUUAUGAUGAUGAAGCCGUACGUGACUUCGACAAUCUUCAGAAAGAGAAGGGGAAGGAAUAUACGGAUAAGAAGCGUCGGGCUGCCUAUAGCGAGGUAGAGGAAGGGGACAAAGUGUUCGUUAAAAGGAUGAAGAAAAACCACAAGUUGGAAGCGGAUUAUUCACCAGAGGAGUAUCAAGUUGUCAAGAAAAGCGGUUCGGAUGUAAUCGUGCGAUCCCGGGUUUCCGGAAAGGAAUUUCGUCGGAACGUUACACACCUGAAGAAGAUCCCUCUGGAACAAGACGAAGCACAAACCGAGGCACAAACAACUUCUAAUGAUGAAACUGUUCAGGUUAUACCGGAGGACGAACCAACUGGUUCAAAGGAACUUGACUGCGAAGCAAGCUGCGAAACUGGUGUACAACAGCAGGAACCAUUACGUUUCCGGCGUGAUCGACAACAACCAACAAAGUUCAAGGAUUACAUACCUCAUUGAUUUUAGAAAGUUAAGGUGGGGUUGUAGGGUCUGGGAACACUUCAUGUAAGUGAAAGCCAAAGGGAGGAAUUGAGCAACACGCAGUGUGGAUGGAGAUGGACAGGGAAGAGGGGAGAGGGGAGGAGAGAGAAAAGGGGGACUUUGGUUUGUGAGAUAGCAGUGGAAAGACGUGAAUAAACCGGGCUGUUAAUUAGACGUAAUUUCGACAGUUAGAAAAGUGGAUUAUCCGAAAUACCAACUCACU